AUGGUGCUGCUCACAACCACGCCUGCUGCCAAGGUGGCUCUCGUGGAAUACUGUAGACGGCAGAAAGACAUUGAUGAGGGCUGCAGCGACGAGGCAAAGGAGCGACGCGAAAAGCUGUCGACGACAGAAAUUGGCAGCCCACUCGAGCAUCAUGAGCUGGUCGAAAUAUCGAGGUUCUUGGUGCACGAUGCGGCUUCUGAUAUUGCAAAGGCAUGGCGUCUAGACUCACUACUGAAAGGUGCCCAUGUCUAUCAGCCUCCGCCGCCCUCGAAACCAGAGCCCAGCAGCGAGUACAAACGCUUGAUGCAGCGCCUACGUGUCGAAGAAGAACAACGACAGUACGAACGAAUGAUCAACCCUCCAGCUCAACCAGAAACCUUCGGCCAACGCUUCCCCAUGGCGACUUCAUCAUUCGGAGCCAUUGGAUCCUCAACCGCAGAUGAAGUUGACGAAGUGACCUAUGCAGAUGUCAACAGGCAAAUGGUCCUGAUCAUCAACGUCUUGGUGUCCAUCAUCUGCACCAGCGUGGCAGUGUGGAUGGCAGCACGCCGCUGGAACGUCCCACAACGAAUGGGAUUAGCGUUCUUCAGCAGCACUCUUGUGGCCGUCGCUGAGGUGGCCAUUUACAUGGGCUACAUUCGACGCAUCCAAGAGUCCAAGGCAACAGAGAGAAAGCAGAUCGAGAAGAAGGAGAUUCUUGAUACGUGGGUUAUUGACGCCAAGUCCUCUUCGUCGUCCCAAUCUGCUAUUCCGAGCGACUCGAUGCGGUUCAGAAAAGGAAAACACCGUUGA